AUGGAGACACGGAGCCAGAGGAACAAGGGAUCAACUUGGAACCGACACAUGCGAGGCAAAGAAAGCCUAUGGUACUUUGGAACUGAAAAUUUUCGCGCCAUUUCAUUUGUCGCCCGGGAUUAUUUCGGCCCACAGGUCAAGCUUGACGAAAGCAUCGUCUUCGUGUCUAUCAAGACAGUGCUCAGCUUAGGUUCUCCCAUUUCACACAAACAGAACUGGCAAAAUACGGAUAAUGGAGCAAAUUAUCAGAAGGAGCAAGUUUUUGCAUGGGCUGAUGAAGAGCUCCUCAAUGAGGCUCCCACGGACUGGAGACUGCCAGACGAGAAGAAGGCAACAGGGAUUCAAUUAAGUGUCAGGCUGAGUAAUGGAAACGCAAUCGAACUACCGAUCUUGGUCAAGACCUAUCCCAAAACACCUAACAACUGGACUAAAUACGUUCGCCGAGUCCUGUCCUUGGGCAGCGGAAAUUCCUUCAAGCCGACACGUCAAUGUGACAUGCCUCUAGAGAGGCCGCUACUCGUAAAGCCGUUAGAAAAGCGUCUGAACCUGAUACAUCAACGAUCCUACCAGACCCUCAACAAUUUUUUCCGAGGUUUGAUAAAAACUGCAAAUACAGUCAACGAACAGAGUAGAAUGACGACUGGAAAUCGCAACAGGGACUAUGGGAAGUGGAAGUUGAUGCUUUAUGACGACUCGCCUCCGCACCUUGCGCAUCAAUAUAUGAAAAUGUCGGAGGCAGAUCCGUUCGAACUUUAUUCCACUUGGAUACACGAAGAUGACUGGCACUCUUAUAUGACGAUGCUGGCGGAAACAGAAACAAAUCCCAUCCGAAGGUUCAUAUCCCUCAAUAAUGCGGGUGUUUACAAGACCUUGGAUGAUCUGUUAAUCAAGGUGGGUUCGCGGGACCUCGAGAUCCAGGCUGGCUUGUCUCGUGAGGAGCGAAAGGAGUAUGGGCUCGAUCCCAAUCAGGCGGAAUUCGACAAAGCCUCCGUAGAAGAGUUAGGCCCAAGGAAGGUAUCCGAGGUCAUCAGAAAAAGACGACUCCAAGGCAUCAAGUCCUACAACAAGACUUACAGAUUCGAAAACGGGCAGGCUAUCAUCGAGGCCGACUUGUCAGUCGCCAAGAUGGAUGCCGCUUGUGGCAUGCGCCCCUCUCAGCCUACUCAGGCCGCAGUGAUGGGAGGGUUUUCAGCAAGCAAUAUAGCGCAAGGCUUGGGGUGGGAAAAAAGCCGGCUUGCUUCUGGUUUCUAUUCCAGCGAGGUCAUGGCUACAUCUAUGUGCAUUCUCCUUUGGCGGGUUCAUGCCAGCUGGUGCAAAAUCUGGGUUCUCAACCAGCCAGAACUUGGAGAAUUUGAUAUUUGGAACUUCCGAGACCAACUCCCUCAUGACAAGGUACUCUCAUAUUGUCAACCCCGCACUACGCACAUGGGGUUGUCUGUGGCGAAUGCCUUGACUGAUCCAUUUGCAAUGUACAGAUACGAAAUGGCCUGGCAAAACUUGUGCCGCGAAGAGCAGAAGAUCGAGAAUGAAGAAGCCAAAAGACAAGGAAGGAAGCCACGUUCCCUGAAGGGACAAGUGAGCAUCCACUGCAACAACUUCUCCAAGCCCAUCCGGUACGAUUGCUAUGGUUUGGACAAUAAGUACAAGUUCGAAGAUUUUACCAUUCCACGAGAAUUUGUCAAAAAAGCGGUACAAAUGGCAAUGGAUAAUCAGGGAAGCGAGAACCCGCAACUAAUGUGCGCGGGAUACGCUGCGAACAAUGCCACAACGAGACUUGUUCAAGAUACCCGAGAGCGUGAAGAUGCCGCUUCCAUUGAAGAGAUGCUGGCGCUUGCGCACGAUUUUCCAUUCGUUGUCUACUCUAUGGAGUACAAAAUCCAAAUUGGGUUCCCGUCGAACAUCCUGCAAGAGGAUAGAACCACGGCCAGCUUCACCUUUUAUCCCUUUCAAAGAUCACUCUACCAUCAAGCCGAGGCGAUUCUGGACGUCCUUUUGUGGGAAAAGCUGAAAGAGAAUCCCAGUAGCUUGCUGAACGUAGACUUUAGCGAGGAAGAUGCUGUACCGAGUGGCGAGGACUCGGGGUCAAUUGUGGAGAAUGCGAUGGCAAGAAUAAUCGAGGAGGAUCUGGAAGAACCGUGCCUACAAAAAUCCAGACUUGAGGCUAUCAAAGACAAACGCCGCAGGAGCAGGAAGGAGAACCUCUAUUCUGAUACUAAAAAACAUCUCUUCAAGAUUUUAAAAAACCAGGAUCCGUCACAGCAGUUGGGGGGCCCUUCCCACAUUGGAAACAGGAACAGCGGCUUGGUCAAAGAGCGAGCUUUUCCUUAG